AUGGGGUCUUUGUUGAAGCCCGACCCUCUGCCCGCCCCCGAGGUUGGCUUUGCACCUCAGCUGGCGGUGCUGAGCGUGCCGCUGUGCUCACAGGACCGGGGCUUCUGCGUGGAGGUGAGCACAGCCUUUGAGGACUUCGCCCACGUCAUAAGCUUUGACAAGAGGGCUGCUGCGCUGGAUGCAGGCAACAUCAAGCUCACCUUCAAUAGUCUGCUGGAGAAGGCCGAGGCCCGGGAGAGAGAGCGCGAGAAGGAGGAGGCGCGAAGAGCACGGCGCCGGGAAGCAGCCUUCCGGAGCAUGCUGCGGCAGGCCGUGCCUGCGGUGGAGCUGGGCACCGCCUGGGACGAGGUCCGUGAACGUUUUGUGUGCGACUCGGCCUUCGAGCAGAUCACGCUGGAGUCGGAGCGGAUCCGGCUCUUCCGGGAGUUCCUGCAGGUACUGGAGACCGAAUGCCAGCACCUCCACACCAAAGGCCGAAAACAUGGCAGAAAGGGCAGGAAGCACCACCGCAAGCGUUCCCACUCGCCCUCAGGCUCCGAGUCAGAGGAGGAGGAGCUGCCCCCACCACCUCUCCGGCCCCCCAAGCGUAGAAGGCAGAACCCCUCAGAGUCAGGCUCAGAACCCUCUUCCUCACUUGAUUCGGUUGAAAGUGCGGGUGCUGUCCCUGGAGGACGGGGCUCCCCAUCUUCCCACCUGCUCCUUGGAUCCGAUCAUGGCCUUCGGAAAGCCAAGAAACCAAAAAAGAAAACGAAGAAGAGAAGACACAAGUCGAACAGUCCUGAGAGCGAGACAGACCCCGAGGAGAAAGCUGGCAAGGAGAGUGAUGAGAAAGAACCAGAGCAGGACAAGGACAGGGCGCUCCGGCGGGCAGAGCGCCCUAACCGCUCUCCAGGCUUUGGAAUCAAGAAGGAGAAGACGGGCUGGGACACGUCCGAAAGUGAGCUGAGCGAGGGCGAGCUGGAACGGCGGCGGCGGACGCUCCUGCAGCAGCUGGACGACCACCAGUGACCCGGCGGGCCGCCCUGCCUCGGGUCUGCGGCCGCGGCGCCCGGCUCUCCCUCGCCACCUGCCCCAGGCUCUUUCCUCGGUUCGGUCUAGUCCGCUCUUCCGCAAGUAGCCCCACCCCGACACUGCUGCCGGCGCCUUCCAAGGCGGCCUGCGGUGUUCCGGGGCCCCCCCGCCGGGCCAGUGCCGUCCUUGCCCUCCACCCCAGCCCAGACUGGUGGUGUAUGCUGUGCGGGUGGGUGGGGCCAGUAGAUAAUACGUGAGCGGGGCUCCUGGGAAGUGACCUGCUGGUGGACACAGCCAGGGUGGCAGAGGGCGGCCCUUACCCUGCAGCAUCAGUGCCUGCUCCUGCCUGCUGGGGCCCUGGGGCUCCUCUGCUUCUUCUUCCAGCCCCAGAACCCAGUGUCUGUGUGUUUGGUUUUGUUUUUUAAAUAAUAUUUAUA